AUGUCAACGAAACAAAAGAUUGAAAAUGUCAAUGGAAUACCAACGCACAUCUAUCAACUAGGAAACGCAAUGCAAUCAUCAACGACGAUCGUUAUUAUACCCGGUAAUCCUGGUCUCGGUGGCUUUUAUAUUCCCUUUGCGCAUGAACUUUACAAUUUGUUCAAUGAAAACAUCUCGAUUUUGGUUAUUUCUCAAGCAGGUCAUAGUCCACCUUUGAAACAUCGUUUUACUUUGAAUGAACAAAUUGAGCAUAAAUUACAAUCAAUCGAUCAGCUACUUCCGCGAACGCGUCAACAUCGAUUGAUUUUAAUUGGACAUUCAAUUGGUGCUUAUAUGGUUUUGCGUAUGUUGAAGAAAUUAGAACAUCGACUUGACCGAGCGUUUCUGCUCUUUCCAACACUUGAGCGAAUGAGAGAGAGCGAUGCAGGAAAACGUUUUGUACGUUUCUAUCCAGUGAUGCUCUAUCUGUUGCCAUUAUUGUGUUGGAUUUUCAGUUUUAUCUUCCCGUUCGAUUGGUUGAAACGCAAAUUACUUUCGUAUCAUUUUGCUGAUUCACCCGAAGCUGAUCGUUCGAUUUUAGUCGAUACAGUUCUGUAUGAUUUGUUAAAUCCGGUGUCGAUGAAAAAUAUUCUACAAAUGGCAAAUGAAGAAAUGUCAGUUGUGCGAAAACGAGAUGAUGAAAUCAUCAAAGAAUUUUUGCCUAAAUUAACAUUUUAUUAUGGAUCAAAUGAUCAUUGGGUACCAGAUGAUGUGCCAAAAGAAAUGAAAGAACUUUAUCCUCAGGGAGAUAUUAUUAAAUGUAGUAAUCAGUAUUUGCAUGCAUUUGUUUUAAAGCAUUCAAAAGAAUUAGCUAAGAUUGUUUUUGAUAAGAUUGAUUAA